AUGCCAAUAAGGCCAAAUUCUGUGAUUUGGAGGACCCUUCUCGGAGCAUGUGUAAAUCAUAACAAUCUUGUGUUGGCUAAGAAAGUGAAGAAGAGGUUGAACAAGCUAGAUCGUUAUCAUGAUGGUGAUUAUGUGCUUUUAUCUGAUGUUAGGAAUUCAAUGAGGGCAAGGAAAGUUAACAAGAAAGCUGGUUCUAGUUCAAUUAGUGUAGACCAAAUCAUUCAUGAGUUCAUUUCAGGGAAUAACUCUCAUCCCCAAUCACAGGAUAUUAGAGAUUUCUUAGACAGAAUAUUUGAAAGUAUAAAAGACACGGGAUAUACUCCCCUUACAUCGAAUGUAUUGCAUGACAUUGAAGAGGAGGAGAAGGAGCAUACUCUUGGUUAUCAUAGUGAGAAAUUGGCUGUGGCUUUUGCACUUCUGAGUGUCAAGGAUACUAGGACCAUUAGGGUCAUGAAGAAUAUUCGAAUCUGUUGUGACUGCCAUUCUUUCAUGAAGCAUGUUUCAGCCAAAUUUGGUAGAGAAAUUAUUGUUCGCGAUCGAAAUCUGUUCCAUAAUUUUAUCAAUAGAUCAUGUUCUUGUCAAGAUUAUUGGUGA